AUGAGAAAAUACCGUUGUAGAGAAUUAACAAAAUUUAUCAAUAGAUUAUUGGUACCUUUCCUGGAUAGCAAAGAUAGUGUGAACGGUUUUGUAAUUACACAUAUUUGUUUAUUGAUUGGGAUUUCAAUUCCUAUUUUCAAGGAGUUUCUAUUAAAAAAAGAUGUUAAGGAUUUUGAUAUUGUUUCAGCAACUUUAGGAAUUGCAACAGUAGGUGUAGGAGAUGCAUUUUCUGCUAUUUUUGGAAUAUUAUUUGGGAGGAUAUGCCUACCUGGGAACAAGGAUAAAACUUUGAUUGGAAUGUUCGCAUUUUUUAUAUCGACAUACUCAUAUUUACAAUUAACCUGUUUUUUUUCCGCAAGUAAAUACUCAUUGUCAAAGUUAUAUGUAAUUAGCUUUUUUUCAUCAUUACUUGAAGCAUAUUCUCACUAUAUUGAUAAUGCGACCAUCCCUGAAAACUCAUUGGCAGAAAACCAAAUAUCGAGAUCUCACAAUUAUUCGGCAGUUCCAAAUCAACUGGAAAAUAUUUUGGAUCAGAUUGUGAUUAAUAGUACGAGCAGGUCAUGCAUUUUAAUUGGUAAACCGUGCACAGGGAAAACAAAGCUAAUCUAUUCAUAUUUUAAUAAAAAGAAAACUGAAAAUAUUUCUAAUGAAUUAAUUAUAAUACACCUCAAUUGUCUAAAUUAUGAUGAUAACACAUUACUUUCAGCUCUCUUAGAACGCAUAAAUGAACAAUUUCCAAUGCAUAGAAAGCUUUUUAGUGGCCAUCAAAAAAUUUCAAUUUUGAAGGAAAAGUUAUUAGGGCUUUCAAAGUGUGGAUAUACAAUAGUGCUAGUAUUGGAUAAUUGUGAACCAAUUAUCGUUGGUUCUUCAAAUGCUUCACACUUGAAUUCGAAUAUUACUGGAUAUUCUUCUAGGCAAUUUGCACUUUAUACUUUAGUUGAUAUCAUGCAUUCAUCAGAAAUCAAUCUGAUACUAAUUUUGAGUACAUCAAUGUUUGAUUUGCCAGAUUUCUUUGAAAAAAGAGUAAAAAGUAGAAUGUCUCAAAGAAGAAUUUUGUUGGAAGAGUUAGUGAAUUUUAAAAAACAAGAUAAGGUGAGAAAUGCUUUACUUAAAGCUGAAGAAUUAUUAAAGAUUGACAAAAAAUCAAUUUCUGAAAUAGAAGAGCUAAAUGUAGAUUCAUAUAAUGACUCUGUAACUAGCCUAUUUUCCUAUUUGCUAGACGAAAAUAAAGAAUCGAGAGAAAUUUUAAAAUACUGGGAAUUCUUGGUUGAUUUCGAAAUGGAAAGUGAAAUUUUAUCGAAUUUAUUAUAUCAGUUUCUACUACUUACACCUUUCUGUAGCAUAAAGGAGUUUAUGAAAAUAUUCUCAAUUAGUAACAAGAAAAAUAUUCAAAAGACUAGAAAUGAAUUUAGGCUGCUUAAGCAGGGAGUAAAAGUACAGGAGUGUAUGAAGUUAAGAAGAUUUGAAAGCCUCAGCAUAAUUCAACAUACAAUUUUGGUUGCAAUAAUUAAAUUGAUAUCAAUGGGAAUUAAGAAUAUAACAUUUAAAAAAAUAAUUUAUGAAUUAAAUUCACUAAAAAAUCACAUUUCGGUCCAGUCUAAUUUGUCUGGAUUAAACCUCAACCAUACAGAAGAAUCAUAUAAAUCGUCUUUUCUAAUGAUGGUAAAAAUGGGAGUAAUCGAACCUGCAUACAAUAUAAAAGGUAAUGUUUCAUAUAAUACAAUGAGUACAACGCCUGUAAAAUUUACGCAACAUAAAUUAUACAACGAGUCGAUACGAUUAUUUAACAUUCCAACUGUUCUUCAAUAUUGGUUAAAAAACAACAUCUUGAAAUAA